AUGAAGUACCUUAAUACGUUCUCGUCACUCAGAGGGGCACUAGUACUCGGCCUCACGAUCUCUGCAGCAGCAGUACCAGCACCUGGUAAAAAAGGAAAACUCGUAACGUUCGCCGACAUCUUCUCUGGAAACUACUCAGCCUCCAGCACUUUUAUACAAUGGGUCGCCGGCUCCAGCGAUGGCACAUACGUGGUCCCAGAUCCCGAAACUGGCUCUCUAGUGUUUGCCAACAUUGUUACUGGCACCAAUGAGACCUUUUUGGAUUUUGCAGAUAUAGAAGAGGCGGCUUCUACCUUUUUCGACUACUACAUUCAGCCGUCGGGGGAUAAUGUGCUGUUUUCGGCAAACUAUACGAAGCAGUACAGAUAUUCGUUCUUUGCGGACUACUAUAUAUUCAAUAGGGCUAGUAAGAGCUUGGAACCGCUUGUAGACGAUCAGGCUGGAGAUAUUCAGUAUGCAGGUUGGAAUACUAGAGGAGAUAGCAUUGCCUAUGUGAGGGGAAACAAUUUGUUCAUGUGGGUUAAUGGAACUGUCACGCAGAUUACAGAUGAUGGCGGGGUGGACGUCUUCAAUGGCGUUCCAGAUUGGGUAUACGAGGAAGAGGUUUACGGCGAUACAAAGGCCCACUGGUUCUCACCAGAUGGUGAAUAUCUUGCAUUCCUCCGCUUCAAUGAAACAGGCGAGAUCGAGUUUGAUUCUUUUUCCCCGGAAGAUCUGCUGAUCACGGAGGUUGCUUGGGUCGCCGAAGAACAUGAAGCUGUUAUCUUCCGCACAAUGAACAGAGUUCAAAAUCUUGAGAAAUUGAUCGUUGUAGAUGUUAAGAGUGCGAGCUCGAGUGUAGUCAGGGAGAGAGACGGGACGGAUGGGUGGAUUGAUAACAAUCUUGCAAUUCGAUACAUCCCCGGUCUUUCAACUCCCUCGUAUAUUGAUAUCUCAGAUCAUACUGGAUACGCCCAUCUCUAUCUCUAUCCCGUCGCCGGCGGCUCUCCAAUUGCCCUGACAUCUGGAGAAUAUGAAGUGGUCUCGAUUGUCAAGGUCGAUGUCUCUCGAAAUGUCGUUUACUAUCUCUCAACCGAGCGUGACUCCACAGAGCGCCACCUAUACUCUGUCGGUUUAGAUGGAAAGGGGAAAAAGGCACUUGUAGACACUAACAAAGAUGGGUACUGGGGGGCUUCGUUCUCUGACGGAGGUGCCUACUACAUUCUCUCAUACAGAGGCCCUGAUUUGCCCCAUCAGGAGUUGUAUUCGGUCAACAACACCAAUGUAGCAAUCAAGUCCAUGACCGACAACGCGGCGCUUAAAACAAAGCUAGCUGAAUUCGAUCUCCCCGCCGUAUCUUGGAGCACUCUUAAACAUCCCGACGGGUACGAGCUAAAUGUAGUCGAGUAUCUUCCCCCUAACUUUGACCCAAAGAAGAAGUAUCCGGUCCUCUUUCGCAUAUACGGAGGACCCGGUGCUCAAGAAACCGGCAAGACCUUCCGUCGAACUGUAGGUUGGAAUUCGUACGUCGCUAGCGACCCAGAGUUGGAGUAUAUAGUCCUCUCUGUCGACAACCGCGGGACUGGUUUUAAAGGAAGAGCAUUCAGGGCCCUUGUGAGCAGGCAGCUCGGAAAGCUAGAGGCACAGGAUCAGGUUUGGGCGGCGCAACAGUGGGCCAAAAAGAGUUAUGUUGAUGAGAAAAAGAUUGCGAUAUGGGGUUGGAGCUUUGGAGGGUAUUUGACGAGCAAGGUAUUGGAGCUUGAUAGCGGGGUCUUUUCCCUCGGUCUAAUCACCGCCCCUGUAUCAGACUGGCGUUUCUAUGAUUCGAUAUAUACAGAACGCUACAUGGGCACCCUCGAAGACAACCGAGACGGCUACGCACAGUCCGCUGUCGCCCUACCCGAAGGCUUCAAGAACGUUGCGGGCGGAUUUCUAGUCCAGCAUGGUACCGGCGAUGAUAAUGUCCAUUUCCAGAACAGUGCCGCCCUUGUGGAUACCCUGAUGGUUGCCGGUGUCUCUCCGGAGAAGAUGAGGGUACAGUGGUUCACGGAUAGCGACCACAACAUCAACUUCCAUGGGGGGACACUAUUCCUGUACAAGCAGCUCGCGAAGUCUCUUUAUGAAGAGAAAGAGAGAAAAGAGACUACGAAACAUCAAUGGAGCCGUAGAGGGGAGUAG